AUGGAUAAAGUUCGCGUGCAGGACGGGGAUGAUAGGAGUUCCGAGUCGGUCGACCUGAGCGCAUUGAACGACAACGAGACCGACGACUUUGGCCGGCGUAUCCUAGCACAUCAGCGCGAGAAGCUUGCACAGCAAAACGAGCAAAAUCGCCCGCUGUUCCCACGAGCGCGACCUCGCCCGUUGCGACCGAAAACAUUGGACCCGCUGGUUACGGUGGGCGGAACAUUAACCGAGAAGACGCGACCCAGUCAUCAGAGGAACGCGAGCGAGGGGGACUACAAAGCCACUCCUGGGCUUAAUGUGCCGCAGGAAUGGGGCAGACGAGCAAAGCGACGAGAGUGGCAGCGGAGGUCCGUCUCCGACGAGAAUAGGAUCAUCAGGCAGGACAAGGACUCCAUAUUCCCGAUCCAGACACUGUAUACUGGCGACGAUGGUUCUGUGAUCAGCCCCGUCGUCAGUCCUGGAGGAGGGCUCGUUAGGCCCAGCGUGGAAGACACACCGCCUUCGAUGACGCGCAAGAGAUUGAUGUCAAGCCCGAGCUCAAUGCGUCACAUGAAUACGACUUUGCCAGAUGUACAGAGUGAAAAGGGUGAUCUGGAUUUCAACGACGAGAGCAUGCUUGUCUCUACGCCAGCAGCUGUAAACCGGAGGGACCGCAAGAUCGACGCGAUGAUGAAGGGAGAGAUAGAUGCAGUCGAGAAGCAGGGUAUCGCAAAGAGACGGGUAUCGGAAAUCCUGGAAAGGCCAGGCAGUGCGCCAUCCUCCGACCUUGCUAGUAGGGUGGCGAAGCGGAGAGAAAGGCGAUUGAGCGAUAAAGAGAAUGCAGCAGAAGCAGUUGAUGACGGUGUGGAGGCGACAGCUGCCGUGGAGACUCGGAAGACCCAAAGGUCACACUCGCGCACCGAUUCAAUAGCACUGUUGAGGACGCUUGCACGAGUGUCUAACAGCAUGUCGCCGCAACCAGCUGCAAGGACCGAGGUGCCGCCGGUCGGCAGCGGAACUGAUGGGCUCGGCGCUGGUUCUGGUAAGACCGGCACAGCACGAGACCGACUAGAAGCGAGAAGGGUGCGCAUCAAUGAUGAGAAAGCGAGGAGAGAAGAGGCGGCCGAGAUCGAAGCAACGCCUGCACCGCGAGAUCAUGGUCGAGAGCAGGCGCAUAAAACGCCCGUCGUUACUGGAGCGUGGAUUGAUACGCCCGGAAGGCCACAGGAAUCACAGCCGACCAAUGCCACAGAUGUCGCGAGCGACACGCAGCAUUCUAGGGUAUCCGCGCUCAAGGCUGCCUCGACGAACCAUCGAACAUCUAAGAGAGGCUUAGCGGAACCAUCCCACCCCAAGUCUGCUCUCGAAGCUGUUGUUGCAGGUGCAAAGAUGUCGCGCGAUCCGCAACUUGGAGACAGCACGCUUGCUUCACUCGAGAAUAUUGUCAAGCCCGACUUGGAGAGGACGAGCUCUAACACAGUAGACGAUCUUUCGAAGGACAUUCCGACAGACGCCGAAAGCCUGAAGCAUCUCACACAGUCCGAGAAGGACCGCAGACAGGAAGACCUAGCUUUGGAAGCUCUAAAUAAACGCCUCAGAUCGACGCGUACAACGAUCAAGGAUGCUGCCCGCGGUAUUCGGCGGAUAGAGAAUCAGAUGGAACAACUCCCGGAGGAACGUGCAAGUGCUGGAACUGCAGCAGAGGAAGUUCACGAAGUAAUCUACAACGAGGGACAGCAAAUUCCUCCUUGGCCGCUGCAUCUGAAGCCAUACACUCAACCGCACAACUCACGUACGAUAUGUGAGCACUGCGGAGGCUCAUAUACGUCUGUCUAUUCCGCGCUAUGGACGGAAACGAGGGAGUUCUUCUUUACAUACACCGGACCGAACCACGAUCGGCCUAGGCCUACUGCCAUUGGGUGGGCAGUACUAUUGUGGAUCCUUUGGUAUUUUGUCGAGUCGUCUUUGUGCGACCCGUGGGGCUAUAGUCGCAUCGCAGAAGCUCACUUUCCAUUUGCCCUUCCAGCUCUACUUUUCAAGCCAUUCCGAUGGCUUGGGUGGAUGGAGUAUCCCGUGGGACGAUGGUUUGGGGAAAUGGUUUUUGAGCCUGUCCUCCACUUUGUGUCCGGUGGAGGGCUAAACCCAGCGCCGAUGAGAGUUCCCAUCCCUGCGAUUCCUGCCGGAGCUGGCGAAAGAAGGUUAUACGAAAGUGUCACGACAGGUACACCGUACAGCGAGUGGAUCAGAGCAACUGCUACUGCGUUGUCGGGAGCGACUACGAGGAUGGCGCAUAGUGUUGGAGACGCAUUGGAUCAGGCAAGCGCGGGUCGCAUAUGGGAUGAUGAGUAUCUGGAAUUGUGAGCGUUGAUAGCGUUUGUUGCGGCUUGCGGCGUUUUGGGAUGAGGGGUCAUUGGCGCGGAGAAAGGAGCUUGGAAGGUUUGAAUCUUUUCAUUGCUGCUUUGCGCACGAUACCACUUCGCGAGAUGAGCUGAUACGAAUUAUUAUGCUAUGCAUGUACCACUUACCCUCCAAAGGGA